ACGUAGCCUCUUCCUGUGUGUUUGUUUGCAUUCAACUAGCCACAAAGUUAAGUUUUUACUACAACCUAUACUGCUAGUACUAGUAGUAGGGCUGAUUAGUUAGGGACGAGGUAUACUUGCUUUUGGAUUGCAUAAUCCAGUCUGACAAGUCUCGUUGAUAAUAAUACUGGAAUUGUUAUCAAUCGCCCUACCAGUUUCGGAUGGUGUGAAAGAGCUUACUUUGAUUACCAGGUUGAAAGGCCACCUAUAUAGGACCGUGACUAUUUCACUAAGAGAGAGCUGUGAUGCCACACACCGCUGAAGUAUAUAACCAAACACCAGGCGGCGUGAUAGAGUCUUACCGAGCAGCGGAGCCUUGGACUGACCCUCGUUACAGCCUAAGCUCGUUUCAGACCUUUCAGACGUUCCCACGUGCUUGUAAUUCCAAAGAACGAGCUCACCGUGAGGACAGGGAGGUGGGAGAGUUGCUUAAGGCCAGAACAGAAUCGUUAGUGAACCUUCAGGGUCAUUGCAACUUCACCAACAAUGAUUCGAACAACAAUCAAAGGAGCAACACAAGAAAAGAAGACAACUUUGAUGAAAGUAAUUUAUUGGACCAAAAUAAAGAAGGACAGGAUGUGCUAUACCAAAAUAAGGAUAACAGUAAUGAAGCAAUAAAUGUACUGGACGAGGAUAAAUAUUACUAUGAUUUGAGGGAAACUGAAACUUGCCUUGGUUCAGGAGACCGGCGAUUUGGCUUUUCUGUGAUAGGUGGAGUUGACGAAGGCUUUUCGCCUCAAAUCGAAGAAAUAACGAAGGGAUCUCCAGCAGAUCGAGCAGAUUUAGAAGUUGGAGAUGAAAUUUUGGAAGUGAAUGGAAAAUCGCUAGAAAAUUGUACUCACACAGAAGUUAUUUCUCACAUACAUCAGUGUAUUCGUUCGAGGACAAUAUGUUUAAGGGUGAAGAGGAAAACAGGCAGUAAACUUGCUCAAGAUCUUGCUCAGAAUAGUAAUGUUCAAGAUGCCUUUGUCAUUGCUGUGGAGCAGCAGGCUCGUGAACGUUUGGAAAGGUUGUCAGCCCUCAAAAAGAUCAAGCCUGUUGACAUGACCAAAUUGUCUCAAGAACUGAAUGAAUGUCCUCACAGUAGUCCUGAACUAAAUGGUGUGAUUGAAAAUAAUCCAAUUUAUGUUACAUCUGUGCCUGAAUUACAGAGUGCUACUUUAGAGAGAAUCAAGCAGAAUAAAGUAAACAACAGUAAAUAUUUGUCAGAUGAUUUUAUCAGCAGAGGAGAAAGCUUUGGUGAUGAUCAAUAUCCAAGUGCCAAUGGUCAUUGUCAACCAGUAUCAUCAGUGAAAGACAUUGAAGAGAAAGACCAGGAGCCAGAAGGUCAUGAUCAAGAGCUAGAACUAAAACAGGAAAUUUUAGAAAGUAAAACAAAUGCUUUAGAAAGCAAUAUACCUGAUGUAGUAACUUUCUGUUCUCAGCAGGGAAAAGAUCAUUCUAAGCCUCUCUGUACAGAUAAAACUUUUUCUGAAAACACAGUAAUAUUGGAGAAGGAGAAAGACUGUACUGUUACUACAGUGUCACCAACCAUAGAAGCAACACUAUUAGAGGAAUCAAAAUACAAGAUGGAGGUAGAACAAGGUCCUCAUCGAGAAAUGGCAGUAGAUGUGCCAGAUUCUUUUGUAGGUGUUCGGAAAGCACCACCACGCUAUCCUCCACCAAAACCAGUGGUAAUUCCCACAGACUUGUCAAAGUUUAAAAAAGGUGUACCACCAGAACCACCAACAAGAACAACAAGUUUUGACCCAGGAAGAAAAAAACAACAGGAACCAUAUUCCAAAGAUUCAAGAAUUUCAUCAGAUGUGGAUGAAGUACACACACCAUUAUAUGGGGUACAAUUAGAUACUGGCAGUAUGAAAAGUGGCAGUGUAGUGUACAAACCCCAUGUUAAUGGGCGGACAGUUUCCCCUCAGACUUCUAGGUUACAUAUGAAUGGUGUUACUGAAGUUUCUAUGGGAAAGAAUGUGGAAGAAGAAAGGCUUGAAAGGAUUCGAAAAUAUCAGGAAGAUAUUCGAAAAAGAAAGGAAGAAGAAGAAAGAAUAGCACAGGAAGAGGAGUUCCUCAGGUCAUCCCUGCGUGGUUCGAGAAAGCUUCAAGCACUUGAAAGUACACCACAGACAAUUCCAAGGUCAGGAAUAGUAAACACUGCUUUUGACCUGGAGGAAAGUAACAUAGCGACUCUACCAGUAGGUCAGCAAGGGAAGAAUCUUAUAGGAGGUGUUGUCAAUUUACCAGGGGAUCUAGGGGAAUGUGAAGAACUGAAAAGAAUUGUUGACUACCAGGAAAUACUUAUGUCAUUUGACAGACUUCAAACAUAUCUACAUAACAAUGGCAUUAAAUCCUUGGAUUUGGCCAACAUUGAAGAAGUAUUGAAAGAUGAAGAGUUCAAGACCAUUAUGGAGUUACAUAACAGAGUUCAAAAUAUUUGCUGCUUCAACCGUCCACCUACUCCCUUCUCCAGUGAAGCUCAGUAUAUCACUCAAGAUGCAAUAAAUUCCUUGCAAGAGUGCUCUUUACAAGAAGCAGCUGAGCUCCAUGAUAUACUCAGUAAAUAUGAAUUUGAAGGCUUGAUGUUUGCCCAUGACAAAGUUGCUGAGAACCAGGCUCUUCCAGAAGUGACUCCUGAUGAGGAGUUACUUGAUCUUGCUUCUCAAUAUACUGAAGAUAGUGUUAAAAUUGUCAGGAUAGACAAAACAAAUGAACCUUUAGGUGCUACUGUAAGAAAUGAAGGUGAGGCUGUUGUGAUAGGGAGAAUUGUUAAAGGAGGAGCAGCUGAAAAAAGUGGACUUCUUCAUGAAGGAGAUGAAAUCUUGGAAGUGAACAGUAUAGAAAUGAGAGGAAAGUCAGUCAAUGAAGUAUGUGACAUCUUGGCAACAAUGAAUGGGACAUUGACAUUUGUAGUUGUUCCUUCCCAUUAUGAAUCUCAGAAACUUUCAUCCAAAGAUAGUGUGAUGCAUGUGAAAGCUCACUUUGACUAUGAUCCUGAUGAUGACUUGUACAUACCAUGCCGAGAACUUGGAAUUUCUUUCCAAAAAGGAGACAUUUUACAUAUUUUGAACCAAGAUGAUCCAAACUGGUGGCAGGCAUUUCGAGAGGGUGAAGAGGAUCAGAGUUUAGCUGGUCUUGUUCCUAGUAAAUCCUUCCAGCAGCAACGAGAAGCUAUGAAACAGACUAUAGUUGGAGAAACUAAUAAUAGAGAAAAGUCAAAAAAAGGGAAAUUUUUGUGUGCUAGAAAGCAUUAUAAAAAAGAAAAGAAAAAGGCUUUAUACAAUGCAAACCUCAGUGACGAAUGUGAUUUAGAACAGAUACUUACAUAUGAAGAAGUAGCCUUAUAUUACCCUAGAGCUAAUCACAAAAGACCAGUAGUUCUUGUUGGCCCACCUAAUAUAGGACGUCACGAAUUGCGACAAAGGCUAAUGGAAGAUACAGAGCGUUUUGCAGCUGCUAUACCUCAUACUAGUAGACCAAAACGAGAUGGAGAAUUUGAUGAUGUUGAUUAUCAUUUCAUCACAAGAGCUCAAUUUGAAGCUGAUAUACUUGCUGGAAAAUUUGUAGAACAUGGAGAAUAUGAAAAGAAUUAUUAUGGAACAAGUUUAGAUGCAAUUCGCAGUGUAGUAAACUCAGGAAAGAUUUGUGUGUUGAAUCUACACCCUCAGUCACUGAAGAUAUUGAAACACUCAGAUCUCAAACCAUAUGUGGUCUUUGUGGCUCCACCAUCUCUAGAGAAACUAAGACAGAACUAUGCAAAAAUGGGAGCCAGUGUUAAAGAUGAAGAACUCAAAGAUAUCAUUGAGAAGGCCCGUGAAAUGGAAGACAAUUAUGGCCACUACUUUGAUAUGAUUAUCAUUAAUUCAGAUAUAGACAAGGCCUACAAUGAACUAGUAAAAGAAAUCAACAUCUUAGAGAGAGAGCCUCAAUGGGUGCCAGCCUUUUGGCUGAAAAAUGAUGCAAAUUGAGAGAAAUUUAUUAAUUCUUUUGUGUUUGUAUUUCCAUUUGUCUAAGGACAAAAUAAGGCAUUAGAAACUUCACUGAGAACAAAAUAAUUAAAGAAAACCAGGUUAUACUGUUAAAUAUCCUUUUUAUGAAUAACUAAAAAGAUAAAACAAAUUAAUUUAUGACUUGAGAUGUCCAGGAUUAACAGAAAUAUAUCUGUUUAGAGUGGGAUACAGAUUACAGCACUUAAUGUGUAGUAGGUGCAUGACAAGAGAAAAGUGUAUUUAUCAUCUGAACAUAAACAAAGCUGUUGAAAUUGGGAAUGUUUCCUUGCCAGUGAAGGAGCUUCUGAAGGAAUCUGCUAGCAAUAUUCUUUCUUAUUUUCUUAAACCGUUGCAGCAGCUUCAAGUUGAUAGUGCCAAGAGUUUGUGACGAGAGGACAGUAAAGUUUUUGAGAAGUGUGAUGUGUUGACUGCUGUGGGUAAUUGAUGUUGUUUAAAAGUGUGUGGUGUGGGGGGGGGGGCAAGAAAAAACUGACUAGUGAAGUAAGGUGAGAAAAUAUUUUGAUAAAAAUAUAUUGGAGGUGGAGUGGUAUGUGCUCCUUUUCCUUUCAUGGUUUAGGCACUCAGAUGAUUAUCAAACUUCAUAAAAAAAUGUACAGCUAGACCUCACUGAUACCUUUGUUUUUGUUUCUGUGAAAUGGAUAAAUGCAUUAAACAACCGAAUCUUGAAGCAAAAAAUACUUCUAAACAAACUAAGAGUGUGAAUUAUAACUUUUACAUUUAUUUAACCUGAAGUAAUUUGAAAUGGAAGAUAUUUUACUUUACAAAGUUAUUAAUUAUUUCAUCUUCAGUAUUGCACUUCUUUAUUACAGGCUUUUUACCAGAGUCCCACAGAAAAGUGAGGAUAAAGUAGGGAUUUUCAGUCAAAGAAUAGGGAGAAAACAGGUCACAAGAUGGCACAAAACCAUAUACACUGUUAUUAAUAGAUAGCAAAAAAAGUCAUAAAUCUCAAGCUGAUUUCAUCAUGUUUUAAUUUGAAACAAAAUUUAUGCAUAAACGUUUCCAUACAUAAAAAUUAAAAGAUGACAAAAAAUAGGCCUCCCUAGAAAAUUGUUUCAUCAGUAGGAAACAGAUAAAAAAUUGCAAAAGCACAAAAAAUUUAUCCAAUUCUCCUUACUUACCUACACACUUUUCUAGUUGUUCCAUAUUACCUGUAAAUGCUGUAUUUGAUUACACUUGAUUUUCCCAGUGGUCACCAAUCUUUUGCUUAUAGUCAAUGUCUUGUACUUGGAAAUUUACUUUAAGUCAUGUAACAUCAACAGUGCACAGACAGGUUACUAUAAAUGUGCAGUUCUUGUUCUUUUUGUUAAAUACUAAGCAUAAAGACACUGUAAUUUUAAAAGUUGACUACUGCUACUGAUUAUUGCCACAAUUAAUACACCAGAUAAAUUAUAAGCAAAGAUGUCUCUUGCAAUAUUUGAAAAAUAAUUAACUAAAAGCAGAUUUAAGGCUUGAAUCCUGCUAAAUCCAAUGCACCACAGUAACACAAGCUAGACGAAGCUUCAUCUAAGCUAACUAACUAAUAUAUCUAAUAAAAGCAGUUUUGCAACUAAUUCAUAGCAACUAGUCAGAAUUGUUUUUAACAUACCAGGGGGAAACAUUGUGCUUCACACACCAAAUAUGUCUUGGUUGUUGUAUUUUGUACUUGAAUGCACCAAGUUUAUAAAAUGUAAUGGCAAUUCUGUCCUAUUCCACAACAUAAUAUCCAUGCAAAACCUUUUGUAUAAAAGACAUUUUGAGCCAAAUGGCAUGAUCAAAAAUGACAAACUGAUGAACUUAUCUAGUAAGAGGUGCCUGAUUUAACAACAUUUUCAAAACCUUGGUAUGAAGGGCAGGUAUUAAAACUCAACAGGGUGAUGGUACCAGUACUCUUAAGUGUCUGUAUAGAAAUUUACAUGCAUAACCGUAACACAUAAACAGUGAUGUUUGAGAUGGGACUCUGAAGGAUGAUAGAUCAAUUCCCCAAAUACCUCUCCCUUGGUAAUACAUAGUACUAUCUACACUCAUCCUUCCCUUUAAGCAUAUGGUGAUGUUUUUUGUACUUCCCUUCUUCUAAUUUUAUCUUUGCAUAGUUUAAUGAAGUUUAAAAGGCUUCCCACACACAUAUUGUGACAUCAUCCAUACUCCCCCCCCCCCAAUUUCACUUUUGCAUAGUUUAAUGAAGUUUAAAAAGCUUCCCAUGCACACACAUGUUACUCUUUUUGAUUAUAUAGAUUAGAAUAUUUAUCUAACAUUAUGCUCAUUUUGCUUUUCUUUCUUCUGUUCUUUGAGGUGAUAUCAAUCUCUGGCAUCACCACACUUCUUGUUUGCAACUUCAAGUGAACCUUGCAUAAUCUAAUUCACUAAAAUUUUACUUUAAGUGCUUUAUUCAGUCUACUAUUUCUUUCUUUAGGAACCUUUUACUAGCUUCCAUUUCACUGAUAUUUCUUUCAAUUUUCUUGUAAGUUUCUCACAGUCUCUCAGUUUCCUCUUCUUUGGAUUUGUUUAGUUUCUGUUUCACACUCUAGAGCUUCCUGGUACUUUUCAUUCUCUUUCUCAAUCUUUCUUUCUUUCCAGACUUUAUUGGCAGCUCAUGUAGCAUUUAUUAUUUCAUGAGUGAUUUCUGUUUUAUGCAUCUUUCCUCCUUACACCUUAAUGAAAUCUCUUAGACUGCAUGAGAUAUUAAUCUGAUCAUCAGUCACUAGGGUUCUCUCUGGACCUAGUAUUUGACAGACAGACCUCAUUCUGUAUCUACACUGCCAUGAGCCAUGCACAGAAAUGCCUUCAUAUAUUUUAGUAUAAAAAUGUAUUUGUACUAGCCAUCUGCAAAUUUUGAAAGCCUUUGACCAGUAAUGAUAAAUUCUUUUGUACAUACUCUGAUCUCCUCCCUGUAAGAAUAAUCUAUCUGGGAUAUCCUCUUUCGGGUACAGACUGGAUACAUUUUUUUUCAAGGAUAAUAUAUGGUAUUCAGGUUGCUAGCUUCUUGAUUGCAUCUAUAGCUGAAUCAUUUAUCUAUUCAAGGAGUUUAAAUAUUUAAGCUUCUGUAAAAUAUUACUGUCCAGGGGUAAAUGUUCUACCAUGUUUUGGUCAGCUGGUACAUAGAAUAUUUUUUAUCUCAAUGUAAGGCCUGUGAUGCUGAUUUGGUUUCAGGUUAAAAAUGACCUACCUAGUGACUUCUUGUAUUUCAAGAUUCUCAUCUAGAAGUUGGUUAAUAGAUUAGUAGCAUUUUUUCACCAGUUUCUGUAAUCCUCAUUUAAGCAUAAAUCUACCCAAAAUCUUCUUUAUCAGGGUAAUUAUUUAAUCAUGUAACAUACUUGACCCCAAUGGAUGGCCCUUGGGAUACAGUAAGGCCUUAGAAGCCUGAUUCAUGAACCAUGCUGUGAUAAGAUAUUGCAAAAGUAAGCAAAACUGUAUUUGGGAAUCAUGUAUUCCCCAAAGAGCUCAGAUUUUGCUCUUGGCUUUAUAGUUAUAAUCUGAAAUGGUUGUACUAAUGUGGAAAAUAAUUGGGGACCAGUGAUGUAGUGUAUAUAUAUAUUAGGGGCUCCUCUCAUUAAAAAUGGGUAAUAAAUGAAUUUAAAACUGCUUCUGUAUUGGUCAGAAACAAAAUGUGUAUUUUAAUCAAAAGAUCUUUCAGUUUUGAAUAUAAUCCUUGUGUAUCUCUCAUAAAUUUUAGUAAAACCAGUGAUUUGCUGUGGGAAAUCCUUAAUAGAAUACUUCAUGGUUGGUUCCCACAUUUUGAGGAUCUUGUCAAAUGCAAACAACAAUGUGAGUCAAUGGUUUUUCAAAAUAUCUGAUAAAAAUUCCCUUUUCCAAGGCUAUUCCAUUUUAAGUAUUAAAAACUCUUUUUAAUAAGAUGACAACUUAAGGCAAUGAAACAAGUUCAUUGCUAGUUAUUCAGCUGAUUCUCUGUAAACUGAUAAUCUUUAUCUAAAAACAUUGUGGAUGAGAAAUAUUUUUCUCCAAGUGUUAAAUCAUUUCAAAGAAGAUUGGUUUUUACACACUGGGAUCAUCAGGGUCCUACACUCAUCAAUUUUGCAGGCAUAAGCUGUAGGCCUGGUUCUUCUAUUAUAGACAAAAUAAUUUUAACAACAUUCUUUCCAUGGGCAUGCCCACAUAAAGAGUGCCUUCAGAAAUUUCACAGCAAUCUCUUCUUUUUUUCUUCAGACCAAUAUCUUACAAGAAUAUCCAGCUGUUUUCUGUUCUAUGACUUGGAUGUUUUAUUGUAUUAAAAUGUAUAGCACUUCAGUAUUUCUAAAUUUUUACAAAAUUCUUGCAUGGUGAAAGGCUCACUACCAUCAUUACAUAUGUAUGACUGUUUGCUUUUGCUAAACUGCAUGGCUUUCUCAUCUCCCAGAAAAAUAUCUUAGAAUAGUUGUGGCAAGUCAUGACUACCAGAGUAUGAGAAGUUGUUCUAUACAGAUUUCUUUGCCCAUAGUAUCUCAGACAUUAUUGUGGACUCCUAAAGUGUAAAUAGGUGUUUAAUGAUGUGGUUGGCACUAACUGUCACUGUUGUAGUUGAUGGCCUAUUUGUUAUAAGUUUAUGAGACUGAGUUCCACCAACUUUUUCUCUCUUUUGAAAUAUUAUUGCACCUCUUGCAUGGUUUCGUAUUUGGCACCACUGUUGUAACACUGAACACACUAGUUACACAAAAUAUAGUAACCAUUGAAAUCAGUAUCUUUGUAACACCACUGGCUGAAUAUGGUGCCAUUAUCAAGUCCAACCACUUUUCAUUAAACAUUAUUGAUUCUAUACCUUUACCCACAUAGCAGAAAACGAGAAGAAAUUUGUACACUGGAAACCACAAGUUAUGUUGCUGGUAGUGUUAACCAACCUGUCUAUUUA